AUGUUGGCAUCAUACGUAGUCCUUGCUGCAUCCCUGGUGGUGGCCGCCAAUGCCUACUCCAGUGGAGCUCCCGAGAGCGUCUGCGGUGACAUGGUACCCAAGCACCCUGUGCCACGCCAGUCCUCCCCACCACCAUACAAAAUCACGACUAGCACACAGGCAGCGAAAGCCGGUACUCCUUUGGAGAUAGUGAUCAGCGGCAACGGACCCACUGACACCAUCCGUGGUCUCCUCGUGCAGGCCCGCGCGGGAGACAAGCCCAUCGGCAAGUUCACCCUGAAGCCUAACGACCCCUUCGCACAGCUGCUCAACUGCGGUGAACCUGGUAACGCUGUGACCCACAAGAAGCACGAUGAGAAGUUCGACAAGCAGACUGUUGCCUUCACAUGGACUCCUCCUGCUGGAUUCAACGGAGAAGUCAAGAUCAGAGCAACCAUCGCCCUGAACGGAGCCGUAUUCUGGGUGGGCGUCGAAUCAGCCCCCAUCAAAGUAUCCAGCUAA